GGUACUUACUCAUGACAAGUGAAAUUCCAAGAUUUCUUUGAUUAAACUGUAUUGUUGGUGCUAGUCAUUGAUGGAAACAAAAUUGAAAAGUGGAAUAACACUCAUUGUUGACCGAUAUUCUUAUUCUGGGGUGGCCUUCUCAUCUGCUAAGGGACUAAAUAUUGAAUGGUGUAAGGCCCUGAAAAUUGGAUUGCUUGCUCUAGAUCUUGUAGCAUACCUUGACAUCUCACCAGAUAAAGUUGCAGAAAGAGGAGGGUAUGGUGAUGAAAGAUAUGAAAAGCUUGAGUUUCAGAAGAAAGUUGCCGAACAUUACAAAGUCCUUCAUGAUGCCUCCUGUAAGUGUUCAGGUUUAGCAUGCUAAUAAGGUGGUUAAUUCCCAAGAUUCAACGGUAAUUUGGAAACCGAAAUCUCAUGGAACUGUUCUUGGACGACUGUAACUGAAGUUGAAAGAAUGUUGUUGGGUAAAUGGAAGGUUGAUGGUUCAGAUGCGUCUUGAUGCACGAAUCAGAGCAACCUUUUGAAAAUGAAAAGUCAGAUUAAGAGGUAUAUGACUCCUAUCUCAGUUUCUUAUGUUUUGAUUUCAUGAGUGGAUGUAUCAAUUUUCCUAGUUUAUAUAUUUUUUUCUUCGUAAUAAUUGUUUGAGUUUCAAUUUAUUAGAUAAAUCAAACACAAUUUUUUCAAGAACAUUCAAAAUAAACUGAUAUGCUCUCUGCUGAGAGAUAAACUUUGUUUGCUAUGGUAAUUUUUUUAUUUUCAUUCCACAUAUUUCCAUUGAUGCAUGCUCAGAUCAGAUAUACUCAUUUUCUAAUUCUUGAUAAUUCAACAACAUUCAAUCUUCUGCUUGAUUAAAACA